AUGGCAUUCUCAGCAAAUAACAAGAAAUUGAAUUGGCGCACUUUCUGGUGCUGCUUUUUCUUGUCUCUGGGCAGUUUCUGCUAUGGCUAUGCCGCUUCGAUUAUCUCCACAACGCUCGGGCAACCAACAUUUUUGAUCUAUAUGCGUCUGCUUGAUGCUGAGGGCAACCCAUCCCCGAAUCAAGCUGCCCUUACUGGUGCCACUGUUGGUUUAUUCUGCACUGGAGGAUGUAUAGGCGUAAUGGUUUCAAGCUGGGCGCUCGACAAAUUUGGCAGAAAACCGACCAUGAUUGCCCUUGUAGGUGUCUAUACGCUCGGUGGUAUUCUGGUUACGGCAGCGCAGAAUAUCGGCAUGUUCAUCGUUGCGCGGACCAUUCAUGGAUUUGCAGCGGUCAGCUUCAUUGCUACUACGUCCAUUUAUAUUGCCGAGCUUUCGCAAGCAGAAACUCGAGGAUUCUUCACUGGUCUGACUGGUGUGGCAGUCGCUUGUGGGUACACCGUUGCUGCUCUCAUGGGCCUGGCCUUCUCCUACACGACAAUUCCGAGCGUACAAUGGAGAACUCCACUUGGUCUCUGCCUUGUGCCAUCUAGUGCCCUCCUGGUCGCUCUACACUUCUCCCCAGAGUCUCCACGCUUCUUAUUGCUUAAUGGAAAAUCCGAAGAAGCGUGGAAGAUAGUCAGCACGCUCCACCAUGAUUCGGCAGAUGAGAACCAAGAAUAUGUAAUGGAGGAGUUCUUCCAGAUGCGGACGCAGCUCGAGUUCGACAGAACGCUGGACUCCUCGUGGAUUCACUUGUUGAGAAAAGCUUCAUAUAGAAAGCGAGCUCUGAUAGCCUGCCUUGUUACCUUCCUUGGUCAAAGCACCGCUGUCCUUGUUGCAGCUGCCUAUGGUCCUUCCCUCUACGCAGCCCUGGGUUUCAGCGUUAAGCAAAGCCUUAUACUACAAUGUGGCUGGAUUGCAGGUUCUAUCCCUGCAGCUAUCACUGGUGCUGCCUUGUGUGAUCGCUUCGGACGCAAGCCUUUCAUCAUGACAGGAUUCAUCGGGUGUAUUGCAGCAUUGGCAAUUCUGACCGCCAUGCAAGCUGUUUAUGCCCCCAGUGGAACCAACAAAGUCGGACUCGGUUGGGCAGUAGCAGCAUUGUAUCUAAUUGUCGUUUUCUACUGCCUCGGUGUCGAGUCCUGCGGUGCCCCAUUCUACACCGAAAUCUUUCCGACCCAUAUUCGCGCAAAAGGUGUCUGCUUCUGUGUCUUUGUCAAUAGUGCCAGUAACCUGCUCUACCUCGAGGUCGCACCGACUGCUUUAGAAAAUAUUGGAUGGAAAUUCCUACUGGUCUUCAUCUCAGUCUUGUCCGUUGGCUCCCUUGUAUAUUGGUUCUGGGUUCCGGAGACCAAAUCAGUACCUUUGGAGGAGCUUGCGGCAAUCUUUGGUGAUGUGGAGGAAGUUAAACUCUAUUCGAGCGAGCUCACUGUGGACGUUAAUGGUCAAGUUGCCCGUGAGGACCAUCAUGAAACGGAAAAGGACAAACAUGGAUCUGGGAUAGUCUUACGCGAGAAUAUCUAA